AUGGCCUCAAAGCAACCAUGUGCAAGGUAUCAAUACGUAGUAACCCCAGCAGGUCCCAAGAUCUUACCGGUCGACGAACCGUCAUGCAAGGAUGAGGAGAGUCCCGCAGAUUAUAAUGCUGGUGGUUAUCUUCCUGUCAAAGUCGGUGAUGCUUUCAAACAUGGUCGAUAUCGUGUUAUUCGAAAACUUGGGUGGGGACAUUUCUCUACUGUAUGGCUCGUAAAAGACACACAGACGCACUCCCAUUCCGCUCUCAAAGUCGUCAAGUCUGCUGGUCGAUAUGCCGAAACGGCACGGGACGAGAUCAAGUUGCUAUCUCAAGUAUCCUCCUUCGCUCCAACGCAUCAAGGUCGAUCGCAUAUUGUUUCCUUCCUUGAUUCCUUCUCGCACCAAGGACCUGAAGCUUCCCAUAUCUGCAUUGUAUUCGAACCUCUGGGCGAAAACCUGCUUGCGCUGAUCGAGAGAAAUAAGAAGAAGGGUGUCCCGAGGCCGCUCGUCAAAGUGAUAGCGAAGCAAAUCCUUCUUGGUUUGCAAUACCUUCAUGAUGAAUGUGACCUGGUACACACGGACAUCAAACCAGAAAACAUAUUAAUUUCCAUUCCGGACAUCGAAGCCCACAUACAUAGCGAACUUUCUCAAUCACCUUCUCCGACCUCCCGGCGCGUUGGAGUGCCACUUCCGACAAACCAACAACGUGCACGUCGGCAGGUUCAAAUCUUUAACUCUCAACCCCUAGCCAGUCCUGGGCGAAGUGUGGAAGAUAGCGGAAGCGGAAGAAGCAGUCAAAACAAUAGUUUCAUUGCCCAGAUGCAUCUCUCGAGGAUGGCUGCCGCUGGCGCCACUUCAAGGGAAGGAUUGCCGAUGAAAGGGAGCAAAGGAAAGAACAAAAUGACUCCACUGCAGAAUGAACUAGAUGCCGCUCUCUCUACAUCGUGGAGAGACAAACUAUCGCCCACCCUUGCUUCAUCAUAUCAGUCCACGUCAAGCAGCCACAAUUUAAGCAAGCUGAGGAAUCAAGAUGCGGCGGAAAGGCCGCCUCCAAUAUCAGUCAAAAUUGCUGAUUUGGGAAAUGCGACUCCCUCAACAAAGCAUUACACCGAAGAUAUCCAAACACGUCAAUAUCGUGCUCCAGAAGCGAUUGUAGGUCGUCGUGAUUGGGACGACAGAGCUGACAUUUGGAGUGUGGCUUGUGUGAUAUUCGAAUUGUUGACAGCCGAAUACUUAUUCGACCCUCAAGGACAGGGAGAACUCUUCACGAAGGAUGAUGAUCACAUGGCCCAGAUUAUAGAGCUGCUUGGCAACUUCCCUCUGGAAGCGAAGAUGGGUGGCAAGUACAGUCGAGAGCUGUUUGAUCAUACUGGUGCUUUACGAUACAUUCGGACACUCAAACCCUGGCCACUGAAGCGUGUUAUGACGGAGAAAUAUCUUUUCACGGAAGUCGACGCCGCGUCUCUCUGCUCCUUUCUCCAACCUAUGUUGGCGGUCGACAUGCGUGAGCGCGUGCAUGCGCGUGAUAUGAUUGAACAUUCAUGGUUAACACUGCAUGGGGAGGAUGAAGCCAUAAUGGAAUGGUGAUUAUAUAGUCAGCAUUGGCUUCGUUGCCAGUUCGCAGAACUUGGCUAAUUUCCGUGGCAACAGAUCGGGGGAGCUGCUACUCACACUAGACUUAUAGAAGAUUUAGGACCCACCUCUUACUGUUCGCCCCAUUUCGUCUUUUUCUUCUUCCUACAUUAUUCUUCCGAUGCCUAUUUUUCCUCCUUAUUUCGGGCUUGUGUUAUUCUCUCUAUUCCCGUCACUUCACCAUACCCCUAGAUUUGGUGACUGGCUUGUCACCAUUAUUCCUACCAUAGUAUGGACAUUUGAAUUCUGUGAUAUAAUGCCAGGCCUGGUUUUGAA